UGCUGCUCCUUAGCCUCCCCAGCCUGUAACUCCACUCCAGAAGGAUCUGGAUUCGCAGCAGCCGCCCUGCCAUCCAAACUACUAACCGUGCUAGGGAGCUGGGCGCUGCCGGGCUUCCUGCUGAGAUCACUUUCGGUUUUUGUUUUCUGGAAACCUGACGCGGCGCGGCCAGGGCAGCAGGACUUCCCGACUGGACCCGGAAGGCAGCUCCGGGCAGGAUCCAGGAUCUCCUUCAGUGAUUCCUGGCCGCUUUAGGGAACCGGGGAGACAAGUGACAGCCUGGCAUCCAGGAUGUUCACUGUGACCAAGGCCUUGGAAAAGGCUCUUCUCCAGCACUUCAUAUACAGGAAGCUGGACAUUGCAUAUGCCAUCAACAAGCCAUUCCCCUUCUUCGAAGCCCUCCGAGACAACUCCUUCAUCACUGACAGAGUAUACAAGGAAUCUCUGGAGGCCUGUCAAAAUCUGGUCCCUGUAUCCAAAGUAGUGCACAAUGUCCUCACUAGUCUGGAACGGACUUUCUGCUCAUCGAUGCUGGUUACACUGUUCAGCCCGGUCAACCUACAUGAAUACCCCAGCCUGUCGGCAAUUUCCAGAAGCUUCAAAAACGUUGUUACUGCCUAUGGAGGGAAUAAGAGAACUGCACAGACUGUACUCAAAGCCUCAACUAACCCAGCGGAAGGGCGCUCCUUCCAGACUCUGCAGCCACUGCCCCCACCCCAACCAUCUUCACCAAGUCAUCUAUCCUCGGCACCAAGAGUCUACGAGCCCCGAGCACUCUCACAGCACAUCAUUGAGAUCCUGGAUGAGCAGCCCAGCCCUUCUCACCCAGCUGUGCCUCCUGCUGGCUUCACUCAGGAAGGAAAGACUACUCCAGCUGCCAGUAACAACUCAGCAGCUACAACUGAUAAAGAAGAAGACUUGGAAAGGAUGUCCAGCGUUUCCCCUGACACUGUGCAAAUGAUCAAAGACAGCUUAACACUCGAGACUAAGGAAGAAGAAGACUCUGGAGGGAAGCCUUUGGGUUCCCCUAGCACUGUGCAAGUGGUAAAAGAUGAUUCUCCAGCACCAAACGACCAGGAAAUGCCCCAGAAAGCACCCAGCACACCUGCAAACAAGAAAGCAAAGAAAAGGAAAGGAUACAUCUGGUCAGCUCCCAAAAGAAGGUGUUCAAAAAAAAGACUCCCACAAGGGGUGGCCUCACCUGGACAUGGAGUCCAAAAGAAGCCCAAAGUGGUGGGUCAGAGGACUCAGAGGAAGAAUGAGUCAACCAGGAACUUGGAGAUGGUGACCAGGGCUCAGAAGGCAAGGACUGAACGUGCUCAGACAUCCAGAUCACAGGAGAUCAGCAAUGGGGCUUCAAAAACAAAUGGAAGAAAGAGGCCUCAGAAGAUGCCCAGCAAACCACCAAGAACCACACAAGGAAAGCCCAAGGAUGACAGUGAAGAUUUUCUCUCUCCUACACUUCCUGUGACCUGUGGUAAGGCCAAAGGGAUUUUGUUCAAGGAGAAAAUGAAACAAGGAGCCUCAGAAAAAUGCAUUCAGAAUGAGGCAGGGGAUUGGUUCACUCCAAAGGAAUUUUUAAUUGAAGGAGAGAGGGCCAAGUCAAAAGACUGGAAGAAGACUAUAUGGUGCAAGGCAAAGACAUUAAGAUUCCUGGAGAAGAAAGGACUUUUGCUCUGCACCUCCAACAAUAACUUCAAGAAAAGGGUGACUAGCAGAUAAACUCCUGACACACGCUCAGCUUCUGUGUCACAGGUGCUUGGUGUCUGACCUUUGCCUGAGUGUCCCAGCUCUAAAACCCUUUCUGUUUGGGCAAAGCAACUCAUCACCACUGGCCCAGCACUGGGGCACAUGCUCACAAUACCUUUGUUCACAGCUGAUUUGCAAUGGAAAAGUACAUGAAUCUUGGAAAUUAAAGACAAAGCUGUUGGUGUCUGUGUGCCUUAGAAAAUAGCCUUGAUAUUAGGAUGAGUACAAACUAAAGAUGCUAGAAAGAAAGGCUUUAAAAGCAAAUCCAAUACCAAGUGCUGCUCGGUGCCACAUGCUUAUUGCUUAUAGCACUGACGUCAAGUACAGUAAUCCAAAGGAGCCUUGUCUGCAGUGCUUUCCUCCCACUCCAGGGCAAAUGGCAAUCACCUGUCAGCUGCACUAACCUGUCUCCAGAUUAGAGUUCUCACCUUGGUCUCACCAUGAGCUCCUUCUGGAUG